GCACCAGCGUCCAUUUGUGCUACUAACUUACAUCAAUUAGGCCAAGUUCAGCCAACUGUCUAUCGAACAUUCUCUCAUUACACAGCAUUUAGAAGGGUUAGAUAAAAGUCGCCAUCAUGCCUCCUAAGAAGCCUGAUCAACCUAAGAAGAAGAAGGCCACUGUCGAUGACAAGACAUUUGGCAUGAAAAACAAAAAAGGUGGAAGCGCCAAGAAACAGAUCGCCCAGUUACAGGCCCAAGCCGCUCACAGCAAAACCGCCGAUGAGAAACGAAAAGCGGCCGAGAAGGAACGGCGUGAAGCAGAGAAGAGGGCUGCUGAGCAGGCGAAGAAGGAGGCGCUGGAGCUGUUCAAGCCUGUCCAGGUGCAAAAAGUUCCCUUUGGUGUUGACCCGAAGACAGUGCUUUGCCAGUUCUACAAGCAGGGCCACUGUGAGAAGGGUCGCAAGUGCAAAUUCAGUCACGACCUAAAUGUCGAUCGUAAGGCGGCCAAGAAGGAUCUUUACACUGAUUCCCGAGAGGCGGAAGACGAGAAGAAGAAGGCCGACACCAUGGAGCAAUGGGACGAAGCGAAGCUUCGUUCUGUUGUUCUUAGCAAGCACGGGAACCCGCGGACGACGACUGACAAGGUCUGCAAGUACUUCAUUGAGGCCGUCGAGAACCAGAAAUACGGUUGGUUCUGGGUGUGUCCGAAUGGAGGUGAUAAGUGCAUGUACAAGCAUAGUUUGCCGCCUGGAUUCGUCCUCAAGACAAAGGAGCAGCGCGCAGCAGAAAAGGCUAUGAUGGACAAGUCGCCGCUCAACACCCUGACCCUGGAAGAUUGGCUUGAAAGCGAGCGACACAAGCUCACCGGAGAAUUGACUCCCGUCACACCUGAAACCUUCGCCAAAUGGAAGAAGGAGCGCAUGGACAAAAAGGCCGCGGAGGAACAAGCCCGGAAGGCUAAGGAAGCCACUGGACGAACAUUAUUCGAGAGCGGCAACUGGCGGACAGAAGAGAGCGAAGAGGAGUCAGACGAGGAUGACGACGGAGCGUGGAACCUCGCUGCUCUACGGAAGGAGACUGAGAGAAUACGUGAGCAGAAGGAAGAGGAGCGUCUGGCGAAACUACACGGUGAGCAACAGCCAGGUGGUGAGGACUGA